CCACCACCUCGCUCGCACUCGCCCUUCAUGACGGACACGCCCUCAGCCGCAGCCUCGGACGCAGGCACCGACAUCAAGGUGCCCGGCGACGCCUCCACGCUCGAGGUGGGCGUCGAGCCCGCUGCUUCCUCUGCGCCCUCGGGACCGAUCGGCGUCGCAGGCGCCGACACGCCCGCCCUCACUCCCGCAUCCGAGCAUGCGCCCGCAAGCGAGACGCACGAGUCUGCGCCGCCUUCGCUCUCCGUCGACACGGAAGUGGCGCCGACGCUGCGCGAAGCCGAGUCCUCGGCGCUCUCGUCGCAGACCGACGGCCUGGUGCUGUACGACCUCACCACGCACCGCACCUCGUCCGGCACGCCGCAGAAGGCAUUCAGUCCGCAUACGCUCAAGACGAUUCUGGAUCUCAAGCUGCUGGGCAUUGGGUAUGAGCGCAAGCGCAUGACGUUCACGCAGAUCCGAGGAGAGCUGGCGGAGAGGCUUGGAGAGAAUAUCACUGUCCCGACGCUCGAGCUCUCCGACGGCUCGCACUUGACCGAUAGCUGGGCCAUCGCCGAGUAUCUCUCAUCCAAGCAUCCUCAAGGCGCGCUGCUCUUCCCAUCUUCCUCCUCUCGUUCCUACGCCUCCUUCCUCAACACAUGGACGCAGACCGUCCUCGGUCCGCUGAUCGGGCCUCUGACGCGGCCUGCAGUGUGGGAGCUGCUCGACGAGGACUCGAAGGAGUACUUCGAGCACAAGAAGGUCGGCUCCUCCCGUCUGGCCGCCAUGCGAGCCUACACGUCCGCCGAGCGCGAGGCAAAAGCGGCAGCGACUGCCUCCGCACUCGCGCCGCUCGAAGCUGCGCUUGGUGUGGUUGCGCCGGCGAAGUUCCUCGAGGGCGGAGAGAAGCCGAGCCAUGCCGAUUUCGUCGUGUUCGGCUGGUACGUCUUCUCUCGCACUGCCGGCCGCGCCAUCACGCGCGACAUUUGGCACACGCACCACGCCAAGGUGGGCGCGUGGGUCAAGAACAUGCUCGAGUUUGCGGGCGAGGAAAUCACGCGGGACUUUGUUUAGGCCCAGACGGCGCGUCGAUGAUGCCUGGCAUGGAAGGGACUGGAAGAGAAGGGAGAAGGGAACGGGCAAUGCUAUUACGAGUCGAGCACCAAUCACGUGGCGAGGCAAUGAGCGGGACAGCUGGCUUUCGACAGACACGUAGGAGCAUGGCGCAGUGGGGCGGCUGGCUCCGCGCCGGCGCCUGGUCGCGAGGCCCUGUUAUCUCUGCCUGAGAGACAGCCGCUGACUCGCUCCUCGUGUGAGCGCAGCCUCGACUUUCGGCGCCAUGCACUCCUUCUCUCUCGUCCCGC